AUGAGUUUCGCCAACAUCGGCACGGCCCUCGCCCCCUCGGCCCUGCUCGUCGCGGCUGUCUACGCUAUCAAACCCGAAUUUGUUACCUACGCUAUCGCAGUUGCUGGAAUUCUUGCUGGGUAUUUGGUCUUCAGCAACAAGCCCCGUAAGGUGCUGAAUCCUACCGAGUUCCAGAACUUCGUCCUCAAGGAGAAGAACGAGAUCUCGCACAAUGUCGCUAUCUACCGUUUUGCCCUGCCCCGUCCCACCGACAUCCUCGGCCUCCCCAUCGGUCAGCACAUCUCUCUCGCCGCUACCAUCGAAGGUCAGCCCAAGGAGGUUGUCCGCUCCUACACGCCCAUUUCUUCCGACAAUGAGGCCGGUUACUUCGACCUGCUCGUCAAGGCCUACCCCCAGGGUAACAUUUCCAAGUACCUGACUACCCUGAAGAUCGGUGACAACCUGAAGGUUCGCGGCCCCAAGGGUGCUAUGGUCUACACUCCCAACAUGUGCCGUCACAUUGGUAUGAUCGCCGGUGGCACUGGUAUCACCCCCAUGCUGCAAGUCAUCAAGGCCAUCAUCCGCAACCGUCCCCGCAAUGGUGGUAAUGACACCACGAAGGUCGACCUGAUCUUCGCCAACGUCAACCCCGACGACAUCCUGCUCAGGGAAGUGCUCGAGGGGCUGGAGAAGGAGGACGAUGGAUUCCGCGUCUACUACGUUCUCAACAACCCACCUGAGGGCUGGACCGGUGGUGUCGGCUUCGUCACUCCCGAUAUGAUCAAGGAGCGCCUCCCCGCCCCCGCCGCCGACGUCAAGAUCUUCCUCUGCGGUCCUCCUCCCAUGGUCAGCGCUAUGAAGAAGUCCACCGAGGCUCUCGGCUACACCAAGGCUCGUCCGGUCAGCAAGCUCGAGGACCAGGUCUUCUGCUUCUAA